AUGCCUGAGCUUGCAGAAGUUGCACGGAUAGUGAACUAUAUCAAAAAGCAUCUGGUAGGACACACAAUUGCCAAAGUUGUAGCCAACCAUGACGACCUUCUGUUCGGCAAGGUUGGCACCAGUGCCGACGAGUUCAAGAAACAUAUGCAUGGGAAAACCGUCAUAGGAGCUGGGCAGCAGGGCAAAUAUUUCUGGAUGAUCAUGUCUUCGCCUCCGCACCCUGUCAUGCAUUUUGGAAUGACGGGUUGGCUGAAGAUAAGGAGUGAAAACACUUACUACCGCAGCAACGGUAAAGACGAGAACUUUGAGGCAGACGUUUGGCCUCCAAAGUUUUGGAAGUUCUUGCUUGAGACGGAUAACGAGCCUAAGACUGAGGCUGCGUUUGUGGAUGCAAGGAGAUUGGGCCGUGUUAGGCUUGUAGAUUGCCCCGGGGACGAGAUACGGAAGUAUACGCCUCUAAAGGAGAAUGGGCCUGAUCCGGUCAUUGACAAGGCCAUCUUGACGGAAGACUGGUUGAAGGCUCUAGUGCGGCGGAAGAAGGUUCCUAUAAAGGCUCUGUUGUUGGAUCAGGCCAAUAUUAGUGGACUGGGGAAUUGGAUGGGUGAUACACUCCGGGACAGUCAGAUCAAGGAGUUACACUCAUCUAUCAACUACGUGUGUUCUGUAUCUGUUGAUCUGAAAGGAGAAUCUUCUGACUUCCCUACGGACUGGCUAUUCCAUCAUCGAUGGAAUAAGGGAAAGAAAGGUGCAGCGGGCAAACUUCCCAGUGGCGAGCCCAUUGUCUUCGUCACCGUUGGUGGCCGAACAAGUGCUGUUGUCCCAUCGGUGCAGAAGAAGGGCGGUGAAGAUGAUGAGGAAGAAACAGAUACCAAGCCUAAGAAGGCCGCAGGCAAGGCAAAGGCGACUCCAAAAGUGAAAGCCGAGGAAAAAGAUGGCGCCGAUGCAUCCACACCAGCAACUCCGAGCAAGAAGCGUAAGCAACCUGCUGCAAAAGCUGUCAAGGAAGAAGAUAGUGCGGCAACUACGCCGGCAUCGAAGAAAUCCAGGGCUACCAAAGCCAAAGCCGAACCUGAGGCGCCAAAGGUACCGUUAAGAAGGGGUCGAUCCGCAGCGAAGAACUAA